AUGUCUGGAAAGGCAUCAGUCCUGCGCGUGGCCCGAGCUGCUGCUCCCCGUUUCUCCAGCGCUGCUUCGCGCACCCCCGUUUUCAGAGCCAUCCCCGCCGCCCAGCGGCCAUUCUCAGUGUCCUCUUCGCGAAGGAAGACGGACGUUGUGGCAGAGACCGAGGUUCCUGUAUCUGUAUACUCGGCCGACUCCACCGGUGCCGCCGGCUCUACCAGCGACCACUUCAGCAUCCCCGUCAACCGAGACGAUGCUAAGCCCAAGCCCUUCCCUACUGAGGAGGACGGCGAUGUCAUCCCCCUGACACAGAGAGUCUACAAGGAUAUGCCUCCCAUGAUGCAGAAGAUGAGUGUAAUGGGCAAGGUCGUCGUCGUCACUGGUGGUGCUCGUGGCCUCGGAAACCACAUGGCCAGGGCCUGCGCUGAGGCCGGUGCCAAGGCUAUCGUUAUUUUCGAUGUCAACCAGGAGCUCGGUGACGAGUCAGCGGCCGAGCUGCACCAGAAGACUGGUCUCCCCGUCUCCUUCUUCAAGGUCGAUGUCCGUGAUGGCGCAGCUAUCAACGCCGCCGUCGACGCCUGCGUCGAGACCUACGGCGCCCCCGACGUCCUGAUCAACUCUGCUGGUAUCGCCGACUCCAACAUCAAGGCCGAGACCUACGACCCGGCUAUGUUCCGCCGCCUCAUCGACAUCAACCUGACCGGUUCGUUCCUCAUGUCCCAGGCUGUCGGCCGCGCCAUGAUGGCCGCCAAGAAGCCCGGCUCCAUCAUCCUCGUCGCCUCGAUGAGCGGCAGCAUCGUCAACUACCCCCAGGAGCAGUCGUGCUACAAUGCCUCCAAGGCCGGCGUCAUCCAGUUCGGCAAGUCGCUCGCCGCCGAGUGGGCCAAGUACAACAUCCGCGUCAACUGCAUCUCCCCCGGCUACAUGGACACGGCACUAAACCGCGUCCCCGCCCUCGAGGCCCAGAAGAAGAUCUGGCGCUCCCUGACGCCCCAGGCCCGCCUGGGCAACGUCGACGACCUUAACGGUCUCUGCGUCUUCCUCGCCUCGGACGCCUCGGGCUUCAUGACUGGUGCCAACGUCGCUAUCGACGGCGGUUACACCGUUUAUUAA